GCAUUUGGCAGCACACAUACAUCCUGAACGCCAGCUGUGACCAUUUCGGACUUGGCCCAGCCGCGGGUUUUUUGGUCACCGGCGCCAGCCGAAGUGGCACACGCUUUCUGACCAACCUGUUUCAAGGACUUGGAAUGAAUGUGAGCCAUCACUCUGACCCAGUGCGUGGUGCAGAUGGGGCUGUGAGUUGGGUCCAUGGAUUCCAUCGUUCCGGAUGCGUGGUACCCAGUUGGCAGAGCCCCAGAUUUUUCUCCAAGGCUUUUCUAAUGCUUCGGGAUCCGCUGAAACAGAUCCCUUCGAGGGCCGAGAGCACUGACGAUUUCGACUGGUUGGAAUUUGCUCGUUGUGCUGCAGACUUUGGGCCCCUUGGGCCAUCAACGAGCGCAACGGCUGUGGAUCGAUUGCGCUUGGCGCUCAAACACUAUGUCCUGCAGAACAGUUUUGUGGAGAAGUAUGCGGAGAAGUCCUUCUGGCUGGAAGACCUUGACGCACAUCACCCAGCUACUUUGGACAUCAUCCUCGGGCUCUGCGAAGAAUUUGCGUCGACGGCCUGCAACGAGGUGAAACUCCGGACGCUGAUCUCAGGUGCCUUACCGAUCGAUUCAGAGCCGUUGGGAGUGGGGUGGCCGCAGCUGGCCUUCAUCGAUCGGCCAUUUGCCGCGAUGGCUCAGACGUUGAUUCGAAGACACGGCAAGGACAUUUCCGUGGACGACCAACUCCCAGAGAUGGGUUGGGGCUUUCACUGUGACUUCAACAACGACCUGUGGUCCUGUGCACUUCCUCCAGAAGCAGAGUCGCUACUGGACAGGAGCUUUAGCCUAGAGGAUAUGAUUCGUUCAAAGGAUACGGCACUUUGCGCCAAGAAGCUGCCGCCGUUGAAUGGGAGCAUGGUUCUGUCCGUGUCAGUGGCGCGAACAGGCUCUGAGACACUCAGCAGAAUGCUGGAAUCUACUGGCCUCAAUUUGCACGACCAUCAAUGCAAUGCUCACACGUUGCUGGAACAUGGAGCUGGGCAUGUGAUUGUGAGCCUCAGACAUCCAGUUUCUCGAAUCGUGUCUGGAAUGCAGUGGCACACCCAUGUGUACAACAUGACAUUGGCGAUCGGGGCAUUUUUGAACAGCUCCAGCUCCAAGCUGUCGAUUGCUGGAGCUACUGGAGCUCACAACGAGCAGAGUGAGCGGAGUGACAGGGGUCAAUUCUCCCACGGCGCCUACGAUCUUCAGCACAAGGUGUUUUCCUUUGAUGAUUUUAACCACAGCUAUGUGGAUGCGCUGCGGAACACUUCAGAUCCGAACCACCGGAUAGCCCUGGACGUGCAGUACCGGCCUUACAGCAACAGCGUUUUCAUGCCCGUGGUCGACUUCUACAUCAAGGGACUCACCAACGAAGAGCGGGGCCGUGUGAGCUUCGUAUGCACCUGCACGCUGAAAGAAGACAUGGACAGGGUCUCCAAGGAACUGAAUCUCAAUCUGGACACAGAGAUUUUGUCCCAUGAAUCUGUCUCGAGUAGCGAUGAUCCUGAAGUCCAGCUCCAAUGGCUGUCGCAGAGAAACAUCGAUUGGAUUCGGGAGAUCUAUGCCGCCGACGAGGCAUUUUACCUUCAACAUUGCAGCCACUGUGAGCCCAACGCCAAGCCGCAUGAUUAG